AUGGCUUUUCACAAAAUUGACAAUGAUAGUAUCAACUCGAUUACCAAUGCUUUAGACUUUUUUCAAAUUCCACCUACAAAUGUAAGUAUUUCGUCAUCCAAAGUUUUUGAAAUUCUACCAAGCAAUCCGCUCACUGAUACACCUUACCAUUUUAAAAUUCACGCAAGUCAAAAUUAUAUUGAUUUGACUAAAUGUUAUUUAUUUACUGAAUUUCGAAUUCGAAAAGAAAAUGAAAGUGGACAACUUGUAAAUCUUUCUGUUGCAGACAAUGUUUCUCCAAUACAGCUUAUAGGACAGACAUUUAUUAAUAAUAUGCGAGUAAGUAUUAAUGGAAGGGAAGUUUUCAAUUCAAAUUCCCUUUAUGCUUACAAAACCUAUUUUUCACAUGAGCUCUCAUAUUCACAAAACGCAAAGAGUUCACAUUUAAAUGCCGCUGGAUAUUUUUACAAUAAUACUUCAACUCAAGAAGGUGGUUUAGAUACAAUCGAAAGGAGAAGAUUAUUUGAAAACAGUAAAACAGCACAAUUCAUUGCUAAACUUGAUGCAGAUAUUUUCAAUCAACCACUUUAUUUGAUAAAUCAUUGUGAAGUUGAUAUCGAAAUUAUACCAAACGAUUCCCGAUUUGUUCUUAUGACAUUUGGACUACAAAAUGCUAUGGAAGUACCAACACGAUAUUUGUUUGAAGUAGUAAAUAUGAAACUUUAUGGUAAAAAAGUAGAUUUAAUGGAUGGAUUGGCUCUGGAUAUUGCAAAAAGACUUGAAAUUAAACCUGCUCGCUACUCAAUAAGAAAAACUAUGAUGAAGCCGUUGUUUAUUAGCCAGGGUCGAUAUGAAUUUAAUGCCAAUCUAUUUAUGGACCAAAUUCCUAGACGUAUUACAUUGGGACUCGUUUCUAAUUCAGAUUAUGUAGGAGAUCUUAAACGCAGCCCUUUUAACUUUCAUCAUUUUAAUGUUCGCGAGAUUAGUAUUAUUGCCAAUGGAAGAAAUUAUCCACAGGCCCCGUAUGAUUUUGAUUAUGAGAAUGGAAAAUAUAUUCGUGCUUUCAAUGAUAUGAAUGAGGCAGUUGGUUUAACAAAUUCAACUGAGAGUAAUGGAAUAACUUUACAACAAUAUGGUAAAACACAUUGUAUCUAUGUUUUCAAUCUAACAAACAGUGGAGAAGAUCAAGGAGGAACUUUUGAUUUAAUUAAAAACGGAACAACGGCUGUAAAUAUAAAGUUUAGUAAACCUGUACCUGAGGGAGGAUUAAUGCUUAUAGUAAUGGGAGAAGCAGAUUCGCUUAUUAUGUUAGAUAAAAAUAGAACAAUCGCGAGUGAUACCACAAUAUAA